AAUCUUUAAUAAUGAAUGUUUUGUCUUAGUGUUUUGAUUAUAGUGUAGAUGUGCGACGUAGAUUGACUGUUGAGAAGCUUUGUUUUGGCAUAAGAAGCUAGCAAGAUAUUAACUGCAAUGUUAACAAACUCACCGGCUAACUAGCUAACGUUAAAAUAGCCACAGUUUUCGAUGAAUUUAUUUUUGUAGCUGCAAUAGGAAUUAAAAAAUACCGUACAGUAUGAAGAUAGCCAGAAACUGCUUAGCCAAUAGAAAUCCCAGAUCACGGUUGUAGGCGAUGAUUGCUAGCUGCUCAUGCGCAGUUAAACGUCAUCGUGUCUAACGGUCGUCUCGUGCCGAAUUUCUAAGUGCAGGCUGUCAAAUCGAAGGCACUCCUUCGAUAUAGUGUUUUUUUGAUGAAAAGGAAAACUUGUCAGUUUGUCACGUUCAGGAAGUUGGAGUAAUGACAUGUUCAAAUAUAUUAAAACAUUGUCUCGAAUCUAGGUUGUUCCUUUUAGAUUUUGAGAAAAUUACCAACUAAGGAUUUUUUUUUUAAACUUCUCACAUUGAUUUCUCAACUCUCUAAACCCCGGCCUGGUCUGUUUUGCAAGCGUUCCCGGAAGUCUCGCGAUGUUGCGACUCUGUGUUUAGAAACUCUGUGGAUUUGGUGUUGACCAGUUUAUGACGACUUCAUGAAUGGAAAACACUGGAAACUGAUGAAACCGAGAUGAUCAUUCUCACCCCAACCCUAAUAGGACAUCUCACUUAAAAGCUCAUUUUGGGGAUCUCUCAAGGCGUAAUCCAUGCUGUCAGAUGAGCUUGACUCCAAACCUGAGCUGCUGGUUCAGUUUGUCCAGAACGCAUCCAUACCUCUGGGGCAGGGUCUGGAGGACUCGGAGCCCAAACACAUCUGCCUUCCCCUGCUGGCUCCCGCAGACAGCUCCCUGUGUACACAGCUGGGUCUGACAGAGGGUGGUCUCAGCCAUGUGUCAGCAAGGUCUCCGUCCCGUUCAGAGUUUGGGGGUGCAGAGCGGAGCCCCAUGGUGGUGCACCACCACCCCCGCAGCCCUCACAUGCCCCCCAGCCCCCCUCCCGUCCUCCAUGACCUGCAACGGUCAGAGAGCACCUCCUAUGUCCUACUGAACCUCGCCAAAGGUCUAGCAGCCUCCUCUGAGCCCCUAAUCUUCUCAGCAGAUGGUGCAGAGGAGGAGGAACAAGAGGUGAUCUCGUCCGGGGACUGUGGCGUGGAUGGCACUGCCCCCUGGUACCUGCGGGUACAGGAGCUGGCGCACGACAGCCUCAUCGCAGCCACGCGGGCACAGCUGGCUAAAGAUGCCAAGGCUAGCCAGGACGCUAGGGCUGGGAAUGGCACCAACAGUGACCACCUGCCCAGCUUCCUAUCGGAGGGGGCGAAGAGAGAACAGCCGGCGAGGCCCAAUCGUACGCUGUCGUCUAAACAGAUCCUCCGCUGCUCCUUUGAGGGGUGCUACAGAACCUUCACCUGGCCUGCUCACCUCAAAUACCACCUCAAAACACACAGGAACGACCGCACGUUCCGGUGUGGGGCAGAGGGCUGUGGGAAGAGUUUCUACGUGCUGCAGCGUCUGCAGGUCCACAUGAGAACUCACAACGGCGACAAGCCCUUCAUCUGCAAGGAGAAAAACUGUGGCAAGAAGUUCACCACCGCAGGAAACCUCAAGAACCAUAAACGCACACACACAGGGGAGAAGCCCUUCUUGUGUGAAGCAGAUGGUUGUGGUCGGUCCUUCGCUGAGUACUCCAGUCUACGCAAACACAUGCUCGUACACUCAGGAGAAAAGCCCCACCAGUGUGGGAUCUGUGGGAAGACGUUCUCUCAGAGCGGUAGCAGGAACGUUCACAUGAGGAAGAGACAUGGAGAGGAGGCUCUGGGGAACGAGGGCAGAGAAACGGGUGAGGCUUUGACACACAGCAGUUUACUGGAGGCCGACGGGUCGCCUGGCGACACCAUGGUCACCAUGACUACAGGGGUUGAUCCAAUUAACGUCCACCAUGCCAUGCUGCGAGCCCAAGGCUCGGCAGACUCGGUGGUUGUUCUCUCUCAACCCCAUGACCUGGUCACCAUGACAACAGCAAGCCACACAUACCCAGAGGAUGUGGUGGCCCUGUUGUAGUCAAGUCUGUUGGGCAAAUCUCAGGCAUUUGAGGCAAAGCUCUCUGUACAUAGAUGCAUCCUUCACUUUUAGCCCUGUAGAUAUCUGUAAUUAGCUACUAAGGGUUUUAUUAUGAGAAAGACAGUAUGAAAUGUUCUAGAACUUGUACAAAGACUUUCUGUAGUUUAUAAAUACAAAUAACUAUCAGGUGACUUUCCAAAGAAAUAAGACAGAUAUACAAAUCAUGAGUUUUAUUAAAAGAAAGUACAUGUAUAGCUACCUGGAUUUGUCAUUGUGAAACGUCCUUAAUCAAUUGUGUAAGCUCACCUGAGAGCAGAUAAGGUUAACAUGCAGUGAUAUUCCUUUUGUAAAACAAUAUUAAGGCUGUUGCUUUUAGCUUAAUUCACAAAUUAAUCAAGUCAAUAGCUGACGUAAAACUAUUUGAAAAUGACAUUAAAUGUGCUCCGUCCUCCAUCAUUAAUAGAAAGGAAACUUUGAAAUCAGUUCCAAACUCCCAAGCUGCUAUUGGAACUAAGGCACAGUAAGAUUUGAUGCACAGAGGGCUGCAUGUAGAACAAUUGAACACGCUAUUUUUGCAAAGCACACUCAUACCAGUUUUUUUUUAUUUUUAAUUGAAAAUAAAUUUCGCACCCAAGUGAUAUUAAACAGACGGUCAAAAUAUCCACCUUUUAUACAGUAACACAACUCAGUGGCGUUUGUCAGCGACAGCCCCCAGUGCUUUAAUAGAGAUGUAAAUAAUAUAUGACCACUGUGCUAUAGCAACCAGUCACAUGAAAACAACAGACCUACUGAACUAUAGUACCAGCCAUUUAGGUGUUGGGUAACAAAAUAGUUGUAACAAUUGUAAUGUUAUCUCAGAAAGGUCAAAUCUUGAUAGUCAAAGAUGCAAGGCAUAUUUUUAAGACAUUACAAUCCACAACAAGGCAGGAACAAAGGCUGUUUAAAACAACAAGAAUUCCUCAGUCCAUUUAUUUUUGAGCACCAUCUAAUCCAGUGGUUUUCUCCUCCUGCCCACCCAGACCUGUGGCUCCUUGUCUAUCUGUGGAUCUUUAGGUUCUGGAAGUGGUUGAACGUGGCACCUAAAGCCCAGCUAGUCUCCACGUUGUUGACUUUCUUAGUCAGCUAGGGAAAUGAGACAACACACACACACCAAAUCACUCAACAUGCCUUUUUGUAUUUAUUUAAAUAAAUAAAACAUUUGAACUGA